AUGAAGUCUGAGAUAGUGAUAACAGUUCAAAGAUUUCAUGUUAAAACACCACCGAAACUUACACGUGAGCCAGAAGAACAACGAGUUCCAUUGGGUGAUACAUUAAAAGUUAAAAUUCCUAUUACUGGAAAAGGUCCAUUUAAAUUUCAAGUUAAUAAAGAUGGUCAAUCAUUAGCUAAUGAUGAUCGUGUACGAAUUCAAGAAUUUGAUGAUUUUAUUGUUGUUACAAUACCUGAUACUGAACGAGAAGAUGCUGGUAAAUAUGCAAUUAAUGUUGCAAAUGAUUCAGGAUCAUGUAAUGUUCCUUUGAAAGUUAAAAUCAUUGCACCACCACUUCCUCCAACUGGUCCACUUGAAAUAUCAAAUGUAACAAAAGAUCGUGCAACACUUCUAUGGAAACCACCAAAAGAUGAUGGUGGUAAUAAAGUAACUCGUUAUGUUGUUGAACGACGUGAUACAUCAAAAGGAGCCGAUGCUUGGAUAGCAAUUACACAAGCAUGUAAAGAAACAACAUUUACUGUUCCAUCAUUACUUGAUGGACAUGAAUAUGAUUUUCGUGUUAUGGUUUUUAAUGAAAAUGGUACUAGUGAGCCAUUACGUUCAUCAGCACCAACUGCUGCUAAACUUCCAUUCAAACCACCUGGUUCACCAGGACAACCAGAUAUUACUGGAAUGACAAAUAAUAUUGUCACACUUAAUUGGGAGAAACCAACUUCUGAUGGUGGUGGUCCUAUAACUGGUUAUUUGAUUAAAAAACAUGAAGAAAAUACUGAUAAAUGGAUACCAGUCAAUAUGCCACCAUGUCAAUCAACACAUUUUACAGUACCGUCAUUAGUCGAAGAUCAUAUUUAUGAAUUCCGUGUUACAGCUGAAAAUGAAGCUGGAAAAGGAACACCAUCUGAUGCAACCACACCAACUAAAGUUAAAGAUCCAAAUACAUCUACUACUGCAGCAGCAGAAUUUCUUAAAAUAUUAAAAGAUGCUGAAGGUAAUGAAGGUGGAGCAAUUACAUUAGAAUAUGAAGUUAUUGGAACACCUAGACUUGAUGUUGAAUGGUUCAAAGGUACAAACGAAAUCUCUCAAGGUGCUAAAUAUACGAUAACACGUGAUAGUGAUAAAUGUAUUUUGGUUAUUAAUAAUGCGACACCAGAUGAUGUUGAUGAAUAUAGUUUUAAAGCACGUAAUAAAGGUGGUUCAAGAAUGUGUCGUUGUAAUGUUAAUGUUCGAUUACCACCAAGAUAUCAAGAUGUUCUUAAUUAUGAUAAAGGUGAAGCAAUUGUUAUAAAAAUUCCUUAUAUUGGUAGUCCAUUACUUAAUGUAACAUUAUCGAAAGAUGGAAAUGAUAUGACAAAAGAUAAAAAAAAUUUAAUUAAUGCUAGUGAUCGAGCUAUUACAUUAACUAUUCAAAAUGGAAAUAAAAAUACAACUGGUCGUCAACCAGAACGAGCUACACGUAAACAUGAAAAUAUCUAUGAUUAUUAUGAUAUUGUUAAAGAAAUUGGACGAUAA